GCCAUGCGCAAACCCUAACCCCGCUCAAACAACCGAACAACCACAUAUAAAUACAGCUGCGAUACUUGCUUUCAUCUACCGCUUCCCCCAAAACCCUACAAACCAAGAACUAGGGUUUUGCAAGCUCCUCAAUCGUUUUCCUUAAUCUCUUUCUUUUUUCCCUUAGAUUUCUUUGCAAUUCCCGUCCUUCAAAUGGGCAAGUCAAGCAAGAAGUCGACUCCCAAAGUUGACGCAGCUCCUGCUGUAGUCCAACUGUCCAAGUCUGCCAAGAAAGGCAAGAGAGAAGCUGUGGAUGAGAUAGAGAAGCAAGUGAGUGCGAAGAGGCAGAAAAAAGAUAAUGGUUUAGAGCAGACUGUUGUGAAGCAGAAAAUUGAAGUGAAGACCCAAAAGAAGAAGAAAGUGGAAACCAGUAGUUCAGAUGAUUCAUCUGAAUCUGAAGAAGAGGUUAAAAUAAAAACCAAGAAGGGAGUGGUUGCUACGAAGCCUCCAGUGAAAGUGUCUAGUUCUGAAUCUUCAGAUGAUGAUUCUAGUGAUGAAUCUUCCGAUGAGCCUGCUUCAAAAAAACAGGCAGUUGUGGCUAAAAAUGGUACUGGUUCUGCCCCUCCUAAGAAAGACAAGGAGGCCAGUAGCUCAGAUUCUUCAGAUACAGAUUCUGAAGAUGAAGUUCCAAAGACUAAGGUAACUGCAUUAUCAAAAAAGUUGCCUCCUGCUGCUGCUAAGAAUGGUCCGUUAUCUGCUCUGAAGAAGGAAGAGGACUCUAGUGAUAGCUCAGAUUCAGAUGAUACAGAGUCAGACGAGGAAGAAGACUCAAUAAAAGGUGCUGCCCCUACUGCUAAAAAAGUUGAACCAUCAAAAAAGAUGGAUGAGAGUGAGAGUUCUGAGAGUGACUCUGAUGAAGAUGCUGAUCCUAAGGUUCCUUCAAUUGGUGGAAAAACAAGUGUAAAACCUGCUCAAGAUGAAAGUGAUAGUUCAGAGGAUGAGGAGAGUGAUUCUGAAGAUGAUGACAAACCCGCAGGAAAACAAAUCACAAAGCCUGCUCAAGAUUCAAAGAAAGGUAAUGGGGUUGAGGAGUCGUCUGAGGAAGAUACAGAUGAAUCUGAUGAAGAGAGUGAGGAAGAAAACCCCAAGACUCCAAUGAAAAGUCCUCAAACUCCUGUUACUCCUCAAGGUCAAACUACAUCUAAGACCCUGUUUGUUGGCAACCUGUCGUUCAGUGUUGAGCGAGCCGAUGUAGAUAAUUUCUUUAAAGAUGCUGGUGAAGUUGUUGACGUUCGUUUCGCCUCUGAUACUGAUGGGAGGUUCAAGGGCUUUGGACACGUUGAAUUCGCCACAGCAGAAGCAGCUCAGAAGGCUAUUAAGUUGAACGGUCAUGAUUUGCUCGGUCGUGCUGUGAAACUUGAUUUUGCUCGAGAAAGGGGGGCAUAUACCCCAAACAGCAGCAAAGAGACCAACGACUCAUUCCAAAAGGGAGGAAGAGGCCAGACCUAUACUGCUUAUGUGCGAGGUUUUGAUAAGUCUCUUGGGGUGGAUGAGAUCAGGGGUGCCCUGGAACAGCAUUUUGGUUCUUGUGGAGAGAUUACAAGGCUGUCUGUUCCAAAAGAUUAUGAUACUGGUGAAGUUAAGGGGUUUGCUUACAUAGACUUCAGCAAUGGUGAUAAUUUGGGCACUGCUUUAGAACUUAACGGAUCUGAACUUGGAGGUGAAUACUUGACGGUGGAAGAGGCAAAACCACGUGAUGGUGGAGGCAGUGGUAGAGGUGGUGGGUGGAGUGGUGGUAGAGAUGGCGGUGGUCGGUUCAGUGGAAGGCAUGGAGGUCGUGGUGACCGUGGAGGCCGUGGUGGCCGAGGUGGCCGUUUUAGUGGUGGUGGUGGCGGCCGAGGUGGCAGUUUUAGGGGAGGGCGUGGAACGCCUAAUAGGCCAAGCUUUGCUCCAGCUGGGAAGAAGACAAAGUUCGAUGAUGGUGAUGAGUAAAGACAAAUUUUGAAGUAAUAUUUUUCUUUGGUCCUCAGUUUUAGUUAAACGGGAGAGUAUUUUAUAUAAUAUUUAUUAGUUAUGUUUUUGACUUGAAGCAAUUGAUUACAGCGCUUUUGGACACUGUAACGCAGUGAAUUAUGCGUUGGCUUGGGUACCUGGACUAUAUAUUUUAUUCGGUGUUUAAUGUUC